CAUGGCGUCUUUCUGAGUUUUGGAGGAGGGAACUAGGUGUAAAUAAACACACGUUAGACGUUUUAAAAACUAUAGCUAACAACACUCGGAUUUUUGUGUAUAUGACAUAUUGUACCGGGGAAAGAAAAUGUCAACUGAUGGAAACAAGAAACAAUUCUGGAAAAGAAACACAGCUAAGGUGCCUGGCAGCAUACAACAUGUGUAUGGUGCUCAACAUCCUCCUUUCGACCCUCUUCUGCAUGCUAAUCUAAUCAAGGCGGGCAACAAGCCCCAGAUGAUACCGGGAGGGAAGCCAAAGAAAGCCACCACCUUCCAGGAGUUUGAGAGCAUCACCAGCGAUGCCUGGGACGUGGGGGACGAUGACGACGAGCUGCUCGCCAUGGCCGCACAGAACCUCAACAUUGAGGUCGUCAUGGAAACCGCCAACAAGGUGAUUGAGAACCACAGCAAGCAGCAGGAGAAGCAGAGACAGGACGAUGCCGACGCGUCAGAGCUGGAGGAGAGAGAGGAAGAGGAGGCGCAUGAGGAAGAGGUGGAAGAAGAGGAAGAGGAAGGGGAGGAAUCGACCCCCAAGGUGUCGUUUGCCUCUGAGCCCAGCCCGCUCGGCGAUGGCAGACUGGUGAAGUCACUGAGUGAGGCCCCCAUCGGAUCACCUAAGGAUGCGGCCGGAGAGAGAGCGUCGCUCCACAGACAGCAGUCCCUUCCCCACCGGCCCACCAUCCCCAUGGUGGCUCGUAUGGCUGACCAAAACACCUCCGGGACCCCAGCCAUGACAGAGAGAGAGGCCUCCCGCCUGGACAAGUUCAAACAGGUCCUGGCUGGACCCAACACUGACCUUGAGGAAUUACGAAAGUUGAGCUGGUCUGGAAUUCCGCGCCAGGUUCGUCCAAUCACGUGGAAGCUCCUAUCGGGUUACCUUCCUGCCAACACAGAGAGGAGAGAGAGCACGCUACAGAGGAAGAGACAGGAAUACUUUGGUUUCAUAGAACAGUACUACGACUCACGCAACGACGAGCACCACCAAGACACAUACAGACAGAUUCACAUUGACAUACCAAGAACUAAUCCCCUUAUUCCUCUCUUUCAACAAGCUUCUGUCCAAGAGAUCUUUGAGCGUAUCCUGUUCAUCUGGGCGAUCCGCCACCCGGCCAGCGGCUACGUGCAGGGCAUCAAUGACCUCGUCACGCCGUUCUUCGUCGUCUACGUCUUUGAGUACAUCAAGGAGGAGGUGGAGAACUUUGACGUUUCCAGCUUGCAGGAGGAGGCUUUGCGGAACAUCGAGGCUGACAGUUUCUGGUGCAUGAGCAAGCUGUUGGACGGCAUUCAGGACAACUACACAUUUGCCCAGCCGGGGAUCCAAAAGAAAGUCAAGGCUCUGGAGGAGUUGGUCAGCAGGAUCGAUGAAACGGUGCACGUCCACAUGCAGCAGUAUGAAGUGGAGUAUCUCCAGUUUGCCUUCCGUUGGAUGAACAACCUGCUGAUGAGAGAGCUGCCGUUACGCUGCACUAUACGCCUCUGGGACACCUACCAGGCUGAGCCAGAGGGAUUCUCUCACUUCCAUCUCUACGUGUGUGCUGCUUUCCUAGUACGAUGGAGGAAAGAGAUUCUGGACGAGAGAGAUUUCCAGGGUCUGAUGAUCCUGCUGCAGAACCUACCCACCAUGCACUGGGGCAACGAGGAGGUCAGCGUGCUCCUGGCCGAGGCCUACAGGCUGAAGUUUGCCUUCGCUGACGCCCCCAACCACUACAAGAGAUGAGUGUGCCCCCCCCCCAUUGCCCCUGGACAGCUAGCUACUGAACCCCUGACAGAGGCCCCCUGGAGGACGGAUGGUUGGAGGGACCCCCUCCUAGACUUUCUUGUCCCUCGGCAGUCCAUGACCGUUGCUACUAGUAGAUUAAAACAAAAACAAUGUGUGCGGCACCCUAUUCUCUACAAAGUGCAUUACUUUUGACCAGAGCCCCAAGUAGUGCACUAUGUAGGGAGUAGGGUGCCAUUUGGGAAGCAGCCAGAGUGUGCUUCUUGGUAUGUGUGUACCGUUCUAACCGACUGUUCUUCUUGACUCCUCUUCUCUUUGUUCUUAAUGAUGAAAUGAAAUUUGUGCAACACUCCAACAACAUCAAUGCCUGUCCCAUCGAAGUAGACCCCAACCAAAAAAGAAAGACCUCCAGUCAAGGAGGGAGGGAGGGAGGGAGAGAGGGAGAGAGAGAGACCUUCUGUACUAGGUUUAUAUCUGUCACUUUUAAUUCCUAAGGAAACUGAGGACACACACGUCAUCAUUCUAGUCAUCCCUAGCUGGCAUCGAGCUCUUCUUUCAUCUCCGUGCUUUCAGUUCAAGUCAAGCGGUCAAUCCCCCAGAGACAAGUAGGUUUUAGUUAAAAAACAGAACCACAUUCACAUAAAAUGCAAUAAUUAGCUAAUAGGGAGAUCAGAAAGUAUCUGUUAUUAUUAUGGAUGGUUUCUUUCUGACUCUGACAUGGUCCGCAGGGCUGGAUCUAAUAAUCGAAUAAUAUAAUGUCGAACAACACUCUCUGAACUCUAUUGUAUUAUGUCAGAUAUUUGUGAUAUUUGUCGGUUGGCUGAGUCAGGGACGAGUGUCGCGUGACUCUGCCUGACAUACGAUCAUCUCUGAACCUUGGACUCACUACCUCACUCAAUCAGUCUAUCAGUAAAACACAUUGGUACAGCACCAUGUAGUGGUUAACAGUCACCUUUUAGGCCAGGAGAUUUCCUAGUUAGGUCACAUGGUCAGAAAAAAAACUCCUGGCCGUAGCCCUUUACACUCGUACCCGUAUACGGGAUGAAAAUGGCAGAUUUGGGCAUUAAUAAACAACUAAAUUGGAACGCAGUGGCUGUACAGUAACAUGCUAUACAUGUCAGAGCUCUGUCUCUGCACUUCACAGCGCUGUAUGGGUUUUGACUGAUAUCCGUUCUGAACUUGAGCACCUCGCGCGACCUUGCAGUAAAUG